AUGGCGAACCCGCAUCCCAUCAAGGUCGUGCCCAAGGAGGAGGAGAGCUUCCACCCGCGCGAUGCCGUCAAGUCCGGCAUAAAAGGCGGCCUGUUAGGCGCGGGGGUGGGCUUCGUCAUCUCGGCCAUCCAGAACUCGCUCGCGAAGCAGCGCGUCGGCGUCUGGGGCGUCUUUUCGAGGACGGGCGGCAGCAUCGCCAUGUUCACCGCCGUUGGCACCGUGUACACCUUUGCGAAGGACGCAUCGGCCAACCUGCGCGAGAAGGACGACACGCUUAACAUCACCAUCGCCUCGUUCCUCAGCGGCGCCACCAUCGGCUUAAGAGUCGGCCGGAUUCCCGCGAUCCUCGGCAUCGGCGCCGCCUUCUCCAUCGUCAUGUCUACCUUCGAGUACACAGGCGGCACCCUGCGCGGCGCGCGGCGCGAGGCCGCCGAGAUGGACGAGUACGAGCGCAAGGAGUGGCUGCGCAAAAACCGGCGGCGGCCCAUCGAGGAGACGAUCGCCAACAUCGGCGAGGGCAGAGGCAUCAAGCCCCCCGGCUACGAGGAGCGCCGACGAGAGCGUCUGAAGGAGAAGUACGGCAUCGAGAUCAACCCCGUCUCGGCCAACGCUUAG